AUCCGAGUGAGUUAUCUGAGUGAGUCUGAGGGCGUGUUUGUGUGUGUGCGUCUGUGUCUGUGUGUGUGAGUCUUUUUUUUCUUUUCCUUCCUUUUAACAUGUAAAGCCAGAUCAGGAAGUGCUGUACUGUGACAGUAGAGACGGAAGUGGGACCACAAUGGCACUAUGUUUGCUUCUGGGACUGUUAGCAUGAGAGGGCCCCGGGUGCAGACCCCUCUGCUGCUGCUGCUGCCACUGCUGCUGACCACGCUGACAGGGACAGAAACACUUUCAACUGUUUCUAAUGCCACUUCAGCACCGGACUCCUCCCUUGACGAAGAGGACAGUAAAAGCUUGAAUACACUCUGGAACGGAAGCUUACACGGACAGCUGCCGACCACACUGACAAUUAGUAAUGGAUCUUUGGAAACAACUAUUGACACAUUUAAUGAUUCGACCCCCUUGCCAGAGGAGGAGGACAGUGGUUUGAGUCUCAUCAUCAUCCUGAUUCCUGUGGUCGUGGUGGUCGUUGUCAUCAGCAUGAUAGUUUGUGGUAUUUUCAUCCAUCGCAGGUGUAACCAAAAAGUGAGAGAUCAAGAACUGGGAAAAGAGGAUCCAUAUUUGGAUGGGUCAAGUACAGAGAAGGUGCCAAUGCCCAUGUUUGAAGAAGAUGUGCCCUCUGUGCUGGAACUAGAAAUGGAAGAGUUGGGCCAAUGGAUGAAAAAGGAUGGUAAAUCUGCAGAGGACUCUAAACUUGGAUGAAUCUCUUUGUGUUCACCUCUGUUCCCCAUGAUUUCUGCAACAAUGGACGCUCUCCCGGCAUGUAAACACACACAGUCAACGAUACAUCGAUGUCCCUUUGGAUGUUCCGACCUUUCUACAAUAAUGAAGCCACAUCUGAAACAACAGGAACUCAUUUGACUGCCAUGAAACAAACCUCUAACUUUUUAAAGAAAUGUAUUGUUUCUUUCAUGCUUUGCCUGUUUUGAUUGUUUUGUUGAACUGUUAAACCGUUUUGGGUUAUAAUCCUGGUAUAAGCACAGUAUGUUCUGUCGCAAUUUAUCAGAGUAUUUCUGUUAAACCUAGAUAACAUUGUGCUGUAGCUACCAACCAUUCCAUUUUCUGCAGAUUCAUAGUGUUAAAAAAUAUGCAGCUAACUUAAAGUGCAUUAGGCAGAUGCUCUUCUCCAACCCUCUCAGAUAUGACGUGAUAUGCUCAUAGUUACUUCUCUUCAGCUCAAUGCCUCUUUGUUGUAUCACACUGUGUCACUCCCUCCAGCUGCAGGUUUCAAUGGUGAAAUAUAAUGUUGAAGAUUGCAAGCAUGCAUGACAGAGAAAGCCACACCUUUUCCUGCCUUUGCAGAGCUGGUUAGGACUUAUAGAAAAAGUGUUUUUAUUCUGUGUGAAAUCAGUUUUGAUUUGAUUUGAGUCUUUUGUUAAAUACCUGUUGCCGAAACAGCUUUCUAAAAGCUGCUUCUAUUUAACAUGUUCAUGUUACGAUACAGUAGAUAAUAACUCUCUGACUGAAUACUUUAUGUUUACAGAUGCUGUUCAGAUAUUUUAUUUCCAAGUUUGGCUCAUAAGUGUGAAUCUAAGCAGUCAUGACACUGAUCUAAAUGUGACUGCUUUCAAAACGUGUCAGUCAGUAUUUUGCAGUAUAUUGCACUGUAAAUAUGAGAAUACAAUAUACCAAAUAUAUUAUUUUUAAGGAAUGCCGUUUGUAAAUAUUUCAGGUUUGAAUAAAAUUUCAUUAGAUACAAUCUCUGGAUAAAGUCCUGAUGGUAGUGUGGCUUUAGGGACGGCAAUGUUGGCCAGUCCACAACUUUGUCUUUGAAAUAUCAAUCAUUGAAUGGAUUGCGUGACAUUUUUUACAGACAUUCAUGAUUCCCAGAUGAUGAAUGCUGCUGACUUUUCCUGCAGCAUCACCAUGAGCUUGACAAUUGUGAUUUGAGUAAAAUGUCUUGACAGGUGUUAGAUGGACUGCUAAGACCUAAUAUUUGUACCAAAUAAUUGUGACUUAUUAAGAAAGUACAAACACUGUAAAUCUACACUUCUACCCUUUGAUGCUCUACAGCAGCAGGUGUAGUUUUUUUUUAAUUGAGUGCACAGGCAGAGUGACUUUCAAAUAGCUUUGUCCACACUGUGCCAGAUUCUGGCUGAACUGGUUUACAUGCAAAUAAAACCACAAUUCUUCCUACCAA